AGGAUUACUAUUCUUCCUUUCCAUUUCUCCUUUAUUCACCGAAGCGAGGGGUUAUCUAGGGUUUCCUCUCUCAACUCCUCGCAUGGCGAACCCGACACGAGGCCGUCCCUCGCCACCUUCCCGAGGCCGCCGCUCGCAACCGGGACGCUCAGGCUCCGGCUCAUCAUCUCGCUCACGUUCACGUUCACGCUCCAUCUCCGGUUCCUCCCGCACCAGCUCCCCUUCUCACUCCUCCCGCUCUAGAUCCCCUUCUCGCUCGCGAUCUCGUUCCCGAUCCCUCUCUUCCUCUUCCUCUCCUUCGCGUAGCCGCAGCUCUCGUAGCCGCAGUCCUCCGCCCCAGCGUAAGAAGAGUCCUGCUGUAGGAGCUAGGCAGGGUCGUUCUCCACAGCCUCCAUCUAAAAGAGCUUCUCCACCCCCAAGGAAAGUGUCUGAAAAUGACUCUCUUGUUCUCUACAUCGACUCACUUAGCAGGAAUGUCAAUGAAGGCCAUUUAAGGGAGAUAUUCAGUAACUUUGGUGAAGUUGUAAAUGUGGAGCUUGUGAUGGACCGUGCAGUUAAUCUUCCCAGAGGAAGUGGAUAUGUUCAGUUCAAGACAAGAGCAGAUGCUGAAAAGGCACAACUAUACAUGGAUGGUGCCCAAAUUGAUGGGAAUGUUGUUCGUGCAACAUUUACCUUAUCUCUGCCCAAAAAAGUUUCACCACCUGCAAAGCCCAUUGCUGCUGCUUCUAAAAGAGAUGCUUCUAGAACUGAUAAUGUUGGUGCUGAUGUAGAAAAGGAUGGACCAAAGCGACCAAGAGAAUCUUCUCCCCGACGGAAGCCACCACCCUCUCCUCGAAGGAGAUCUCCUGGACCUAGAAGAGGUGGAUCUCCUAGAAGACUGCCAGAUUCUCCUCCACGUAGACAUGCAGUGUCUCCUGUUCGUCGUCGAAUAGAUUCUCCUUAUCGCCGAGGUGACACACCUCCCAGGCGCAGACCUGCUUCUCCUCCCAGAGGUCGUUCUCCAUCUCCUCCACCUAGACGUCAUAGAUCCCCUGCAAGGGCCUCUCCCCGGAGGAUGCGUGGCAGUCCAAUCCGCAGACGUUCUCCACUUCCCCCUAGGCGCCGUUCUCCGAGACGUGCUCGUAGUCCUCCAAGAAGGUCUCCACUCCGCAGACGCAGUCGCUCUCCUAUUCGUAGGCCUAUUCGCUCUCGUUCAAGAUCUCUUUCACCGCGGAGAGGCCGAGCACCAGCUGCAAGACGUGGGCGGUCAUCAACCUACUCUGGAUCACCUAGUCCACGCAAGGUACCCAGAAGGAUAUCAAGAAGUCGUAGUCCUAGGAGGCCUUUGAGAGGAAGAAGCAGUAGCAAUAGCAGCAGCAGCAGUUCACCGCCUCGUAGACCAUAGGUAGGUAAUUUUCUCUGCUCUUUUGUCACCCUUAUUCUCUUUUCCCCGCCUGUCGUAACCAUUAACAACAUGAAGUUGAGUUCCUGUAGACUUGCCAAAGCUAUAUUGUAUUUGGUGGUUUUAAAUAUUGUUUUCAAAAAGGCUAUUCUGGUUGGAAUAGGCAAUACAUUGCGUUUAGUAUUUCAGCAAAUUAAAAACACUUUGUAGUGUAUUUUCACUUUUAGUUUAGUCUGCUUCCAUGGACAA